CCGGCCCAAAGCGGCCCCGCAGGGCGGAACGGCAGCGCCGGACACGGGGCAGCCGGACAUGAGGCGGCCUCCUGUUUUCCCCUUUAUGGGGAACGGGGGAAACGCGGCGGGUUUGCCCUUGUGGCGUUUGGCGGGGGCUGGGAACAAGGCCGUGCCGAGCCGUGCCGUGCUUUGCCCGUCGGCCGGGGCUCCCCGACACCCCUGCCCGGGCACUCCUCACCCCUCUCCUCCUCUUCUCUUUGUUUCCCUCGCCAGGCAGCUGGCCGAGCAUCACCGGGCCACCGGCGGGGCCGGGCAGGACGGAGCUCCGCUGACCCCCGGGACCGCCGGUGCAGCGGGCGCAGCACAGGAGGCAGCCAUGGUGUGCAUUCCCUGCAUCGUGAUCCCUGUUCUGCUCUGGGUCUACAAGAAGUUUGUGGAGCCCUACAUCUACCCCAUGAUUGCCCCCUUCAUCAAGCGCUUCUGGCCCAAGAGGGCCGUGCAGGAGCCCCCAGGCACCAAGCAGGGGCCAGGAGGCAGCACUGGGGACCCUCGGGGACCUGCCAGGGCAGGCCAGGAGGAUGGAUCUGCAAGCCUUGAAUUGGAAAGCAAUGGCAUUGCAAAUGGAAGUGCUGCAAAGAGAUCCACUGCAGUAUAUGACAAGAAAACGGCUUGAAGGAGUUCAUUCCUAAGGAUUUUAAUCCCUCAUGUCCAUUAUGAACUGCUGAUAUUCCUCUCAAUUUGAGACUUUUCUUCUCUGCACAUUUUAGCUGAAUAAAAAACUUAAUUGCUUGCAGGAGAGUCUCUUUUGCCACUAAAAUGGCAGCUGGCGCAUUGUUUAUUUAAAAUAUUUGAAAGCUGAUGUUCUUGUAUUUUUCUUGCUGGAACUACUUUUCAUCUGCCAUCUGUUUGGUGUGAUUAGAGUUUAGGUUAAACAAUGUAAGAAUAAAUUGUCUGUGGAAGGUAAAUGUAUCUUAGCAUCUUGUUGUCACUAAGUGCUAGUGCAGUACUUGAGGCUUUCACCUUAAAGGCUUUAUCUGUUCUUGAUGAAGAACUGUUUACUGCAUUGUGACAAAAAAAAGCUCAUAAUUUAUCUAUGAAGAGUUUAGAUUUUUUCAUGUCAAGUCUAUGGGUGAGCUAGAGGAGUUGUGCUACAUACAAAAUUCAUUUAGCUUACUAAAAGCAGAAAAUCUUGAUGUGAUACUUCCCUUAAUUAUUUUUCUUGAAAUAUUAUGCCUUUUUUUUUUUUCCUGAGGCAUGAUGCAAGAGAAUGUUGCUUUAUGUUCUGUUGUAGUGAUUUAUAAUGGCACAGUUCUGGCUUUAAAAAAAAAAAAACCGAGCAUCCAACUAAAACCUCUUGCUUGUGGAAUUUUCAUUAUAAUAAACUGAGAUUUUACUUAAAAAUAA